UUUCAAACAUCGAAUUGUAAUUUAUAGUAGUAUUUACGUGCUUGGGAUGAAGGUUUUAUAAAUUUGAAAGCUAUAGUUAUUGAAAGCCGAACGAAGUUUAAAUUUUUCUGCAAAGGAAGAAUGACUUCACCAAUGGAUAAUAAUAAUAUCAGGGGAAUACAAGGGCAGUUAGAAAUAUUGCAAAAACUGUGGAGUGAUGGAAGACAGAGGAGAACUGAGCCACUUGUGGUUUUUUUAAGGCAGUGUUUUGAAAAUGCAGACAAUUGUUAUCAGCUAUGUUUAGAGUUGUUUCAAAACUCUUGUGACUUUUUCAAACCCAAAUCAUCAGGCUUAGCUUACACUGUAAUGCGAGAGUUUGGAGAAUGGUUAAAAGCUUCUGGGGACAAACAUCUGUCAUGCUUAAAUCAAGAAGUCAAGUCUACUGUCUUAAAAGCUAUUCUGUUGCAGAAGAACACAAACAUGGUCAGAAUUGUUUGUGAUAUUUAUAGACUUGCAGAAGAUGGAGACAUGUUCAUCAAUACUGUAAAAUCUCUAAUUUUGAAGCAAGCUUUUAAUGAGGCUUGUCUUUAUGUUGGAGCACUACAACUUCAUCAGCACUUCAAAUUGGAAGAGAUUGUUAUUCCACUGAUUCUACAAGAUAAAGUGCAUCUUGUGGAAUUUUAUCUUCAAAAUCAACAUGAACUUCAAUUACAGUUGAUUUUAUUCUUAGAUUCUGUCUUCUCAAAGCCUGCAGAGAUUGAGAAUUUAGUAACCAAUUUGAAGGUGCAUUCUGUCAGAAAAGAAAAAUUGCGGCCAAAAUCUUUGGGCAAAUUACUUGGUCGCUUAGUAAAACUAUAUGGUAUACCUAUUGAAAAAUGUCCAAACCUGUGUCAGAGACGGAGUGCUGGUGCCUUCAGGUAUAUUUUGUACAAAAAAUAUAUAGAAAGAAGCAUAACUGAUGAAAGCUAUGAUGAGAUGAUUAAGGAAGCUGUUGGUCAAGAUCCAAACCUCCAGCGAGAGUUGCUAACAGAGUUGACUUGUUUUAACGAUAAUACAGGUGCAGUGAAGUGGGCUAUAUUUUAUAACAUUCCCAAGUCCGAAUGGCCUGAAUCCUUAUGCCAGAGUGCACUAGAAAGCAAUGAUUCCAAAUACUGCUAUCAGGAACAGGUUUCAAGCAAUACUGGAAAGUCUGAAUCUGACAAAUGGUCAGAAGAAAGGUGGGAUGUAGAUGCUGAUCCUUCGUCUUAUCUCCAGCUUCGCCUCUCAGAUUGUGAUGUUCAUAUUGUUUAUACAUUGGAUGAGUUUUGUAGAGCUAUGUUGGAUAUAUUUCAGAACUAUGAUGUGGUUGGUUUAGAUGCUGAGUGGAAGCCAACAUUUGGGAUCUCGGAACCAAGGAUUUCUCUGCUUCAGAUGGCUGUUUGGGAUAGUGUUUAUUUAUUGGACAUGAUUCAGUUACAUCAAUGUUUGAUGCCAGAGCACUGGAAGUUGCUUAUAGAAGAUAUAUUUUGUAACAACAAGAUCCUGAAGUUAGGUUAUUCCAUCAAGUCAGACCUACAGAUGUUGACUAGAUUUAUUCCUAGUUAUAAAGAUCAACUGAAGAAGCUAUCACAAGUAGUUGAUUUAGGAAAUGUGUUUUCUAAGUUUCAGAAAGACCAUCCAGAAUUGGUGAAAGCAUCUGAACUCUGUCCUACUAAAAGAGAUUCAAAAGGCUUGAGUGAACUUUCAAGAAUUAUCUUAGGGCAGCCACUUAACAAAGAUGAACAGUUUUCUGACUGGGAGAGGAGACCUCUUCGCUCAGCUCAGGUUAAAUAUGCUGCUUUGGAUGCUUUCUGUCUUCUGCAAAUUUAUGAAGAACUUUACACCAGAGCUUCCUCACUCAGCCUGAAUAUUGAUGAUCUUAUUCAGAAUGUGAUAGAUCAACCAAGUUUCACAUCCAAAACAAAACAGGAGAAAUCACCAAAGAAAAAGAACAAACCAAAACCUAAUGUGAAGCCAACUUGCUGUUCAGUACCUGAUCUCCCUGCAGAAUCUACCUUCCCAGCUACAAAGGCCAGAGACUUCAAGGUAGUUGUGGACACCAUGCUGCAAGGGCUAGGUCGAAACCUUCGAAUUUGUGGUGUGGACACUGUAAUACUUGAAAAUGCUGAUGAUCAUGACAAGGCAGCUAAAGUUGCCCAACGUGAGGAUCGAUACAUUUUAACAAGUGGUACUCCAUAUGCUAUGCUGAAGAAUCAUGUUCCUCCAGGCAUGUGCUUUAAUGUACCUUGUGACUCAACAGCCAAAGAACAAACAGAAAUUGUUUUCAAAUACUACAACAUCCUAGUAACAGAAGAUGACUUGUUUACUCGCUGUCCAGUCUGCAAUGGAAGUGAAUAUGUUUUUAUUCCUUCAAAUGAUCUCUAUAACAUGUGGCUCCAUCAUCAAAGUGUCCCUUGUCCAGUGCUAAUUAAGAAGGAAAGAGUACAUGAAUACACUGGAGGUUCUGUUAACCUUGACAGUGCAGUAAUAGAUAGUGGUGUUAGAAUACAGCUUGACUGUCUUGCAGAACCUGUGUUUGACAGGUUGGCCCUGUUUUAUGUGUGUAAAAGUUGUGGAAAAGUAUACUGGGAUGGAUCUCACCAUGAUCACAUAAAACAGACAUGGUCAAAACUUCUUGUUGAUGAGAUCCAGAACAACCAAAAGUUUGAAGCUAACCAAACUGGCCAACCAGUUAAACAGAUUGAGUUGCCAACAACUGUAUCAUCUCAACUAGUAAGUGGUCAAGAAGUUGGUAAAGGUAGAGGUAAAAAAUAUGUUGCUAAAUCUAGCUGUGAUCAAGGCCAUCAGGGUGCGAAGAAGAAAGAAAUACCUUUUGUUUCUGAGUUUCUAGAUGAAGAGGAAGAAGAUGAUAUGUGGGAUUCAGAAAAUGAAGUGUAUUUGUGUAGUUAAAGUAGUGAGCUGAUCUUCUGAAAUUUUCUGUGAGGUCUUUGUAUCAUGUCAUUGAUGUAAAAUGUCCAGACUAUGAAGUAAGUAAAUGAAAUAAUUAAAAACUCAA